AUGCGGUUCGAUGAGAUCCUGGACCAUGUUGGUGGAUUCUCCAGGUUCCAGUUCCUGCUGCUGUCCAUCCUGUCGCUGCCCCGCGGCAUCCUCCCGCUACACUUCCUCCUGCACAACUUCAUCUCCGCCACGCCACCGCACCACUGCGCCCCAGGGAGCCCGCAGGACGGAGAUGGGGUUUCCUCCUCCGGCUCCUGCAGCGUGACCUCCGACCUCACCCCGGGAAACAGCACGGCACCUUGUCCUGACGGCUGGACCUACGACCGGUCACAGUUCACCUCCACCACCGUCACCGAGUGGGACCUGGUGUGUGAUAAUAAGAAGCUGAAUCAGGCUCUCGCUACAUAUUUCUUCCUCGGCGUGACAUUUGGAGCCGUUUUGUUCGGUCAGCUCUCUGAUAAGUUUGGUCGUAGGUCUGUUCUCCUGGUGUGUUUCCUGUUAGCGACCUCGUUUGGAGUGGCCUCUGCAUUCUCUUCGUCCUACACCAUGUUCGCCGUGUGCCGGGCGCUGUGUGGCGCGGCGCUCAGCGGGCUGUCCAUCAUCGGCGUGGCUCUGGGCAUCGAGUGGACGGAUGUGAAGCACCGGACGUUCACCGGCACCGUCCUGAGCCUGUCGUGGAGCGUGGGGAACAUGCUGCUGGCGCUGCUGGCCUACUUGAUCCGGGACUGGCGCCACCUGAUGCUGGCGGUGACGGCGCCCUGCGUGGCCGCCAUCGUCUCCUGGUGGUGGCUGCCGGAGUCGGCCCGCUGGCUGCUGGCCAACGGCAGAGCGGAGGAAGCCAAGAAGUACCUGGGUCAGUGCGCUGAGAUGAACCAGAAGAGUGAAAACACACCCAGCCUGGACAGUGAGACUCUGGGGAAGGUGACGGUGUCCGAGGUGGCAGAGAGGAACCACUCCUACCUGGACCUGGUCCGAACGCCCCAGAUGAGGAAGAUCACCCUCUGCUCUGGAACGUUCUGGUUUGCCGUGGCCUUCCUGUACUACGGGAUCAGCUUCAACAUCUCGGGUUUCGGCGUCAGUAUCUACCUCACACAUUUCAUCUAUGGCGCCAUCGAGGUUCCUGCCAAAAUCCUGACCUUCUUCGUCCUGGACUGGAUCGGCCGCCGGAAUGGCCAGGCGAUGUUUCUGAUCACAACGGGAGCUCUGAUCGGAAUAAACACCGCCAUACCUUUAGAGUUCACGGUGAUUCGAACCUGCAUUGCUGUGGUGGCGAAGGGUUUGUCCGAGGCGGCGUUCACCACUGCGUUCCUUUACUCCGCCGAGCUCUACCCGACCGUGCUCAGGCAGUGCGGUCUGGGCUUCACCUCCUGCGUCUGCCGGUUUGGUGGCUCGCUCGCUCCGCUGAUCAUGCUGCUGGAUGACGUCUGGCUGCAGUUGCCGCCGCUGAUCUUCGCCGGGAUGGGGAUAUUCAGCGGCGGCCUGGUCUUCAUGCUGCCGGAGACGCUCAACGUGCGUCUGCCUGAAAACGUCCUGGACGUGGAGGAGGGAAGGUGA